AUGAAGGACAUCGUCGAUAUCCAUCGGACGAUGUCUGAAAACGAACAGGUCGAAUCCGAUUUUGCAGUGGAACAGCAGGCACUCAAAAAUUUUCCAUCCGCUGAGAAACGAAAAACGCCUCCUCUUCUGAAGGAAGUCGGUUUUUCGGCAGACGUAGACGAGGUUGGCGGAGGAGGGUGGGCUUUGGGCGGACGAUUUAAAGAGCUGUCACGAGUGGAGUCUGGCCGCUUUCGUCGAAGAACAGACUCGCCAACCAACCAGAUGACCGGCCUACGUCACGGCGGUUUAACGACUCUGUUUAACGGCUUCGACCGUCGACGAGCCAAACCGGCACUGAGUGAGCGUACGAACCCUCUGCGCAGAGAUCGUCCGUCCUUUCCGGCCUUUAAUCGUCAUGGACAGGCACAUCGUGCAAUUACACGCGUCGACAAACGCGACAUGUGA